GCUGCAGUCAAUGUGCAACAUGGUGUAUGACUGUGUAGUUAUAGGAGCAGGGAUCCAGGGAUCCUGUACGGCCUACCACCUGGCCAAAAAUAACAAGAAAACUCUUUUGCUGGAGCAGUUUCUCCUGCCACACUCCCGUGGAAGCUCUCAUGGCCAGACACGUAUCAUUCGCAAAGCUUAUGAGGAAGAUUUCUAUGUACACAUGAUGGAGGAGAGCUAUAAACUCUGGGAACAGCUUGAAAAAGAGGCAGGAGUGAAACUUCACAGCCAGACAGGUCUGCUGGUGAUGGGACCAGAGAAUGGAAAGGACUUCCAGCUUAUAAAAAACUCAGUGCAAAAGAACAAAGUUCCCACUGUGAUGCUGGAGAGAAAUGAAUUUAGCCAGCACAUUCCCAACGUUAACCUAACGAAUGAUAAUGCAGCACUUGUGGAUAUUACUGCCGGAGUUUUGUAUGCAGAUCGAGCACUUAAAGCUGUUCAGAGGCUUUUCCAGUCACAUGGAGGUGUGAUAAAAGAUGGUGAGGAAGUGAUCAGUAUUGAGCCUUGCUCAACAGUUACAGUGACAACAGCAAAUGGCGUAUACCAAGCAAAAAGCCUGGUGAUCACAGCAGGUCCCUGGGCCAACAAACUACUCUCCCACAUCGGACUUCAGCUUCCGCUGCAGGUGCAGAAGAUAAAUGUGUGCUACUGGAAAGAAAAGGUUCCAGGCACCUACAGCAUUAGCAAUCGGUUUCCCUGCUUCAUCCAGCUGCAGCCAAAAGAGGCAGAACAUGAUAUUUAUGGCCUUCCAUCUAAUGAAUAUCCAGGACUGAUGAAGGUUUGCUACCACAUGGGCAGUGAGACGGAGCCAGAUGAGAGAGACAGGCAGACGGACAAAAGUGAUGUGGAUGCGGUGUCCCGCUACAUCAGCCGAUGCUUCCCAGGCCUUAUACCUGUACCUGCUGUGCUGGAGAGCUGCAUGUACACUAGCACGCCUGAUCAGAACUUUGUCCUGGACCGUCACCCAACUUACAACAACAUUGUGAUCGGAGCUGGAUUCUCAGGUCACGGUUUCAAGUUUGGCCCAGUCGUGGGGAAAGUGCUGUGUGAGCUGAGCAUGGGACAAAAACCCUCAUAUGAUCUUUCACCUUUUAGCAUCCAUCGCUUCCAGGUUCACAAAUCUGCUCUGUAACAUCAUUCUCAUCAUUCUCAUCAAGUUUGAUGUCCCAGAAAAUACAAUUCAAAUGAUGAACAAAUAAAGACAAAUAAAAUUC